CGAAUCUCUCAUAAACUUUCCUACGCAAUCUCAUAAAAAAAAUUAAUAUUUAAUUGAACCUUUGGCUGGCAGUUCGCCAUGGGGUCCAUCACUAGGGAUGCAGCAGUGGCCUCCUCGCAUCCGCUCAAGAUCUUUGAUGCUGCGAAGAGGCAGGACAGGUUUUUGUAUGCCUGUGCGCCGAUGGUGCGCUACAGCAAGCUUGCCUUUCGCCAAACUGUUCACAAAUAUGGCGUCGACUUAUGCUGGACGCCUAUGAUUCUGGCCAAGGAGUUCAACAGAAAUCAGUUUGCCAGGGACAGCGACUUUACAAUCAACACCUCGGGCGUCCAGCCACCCACCAUCGUCCAGUUCGGCGCCAACGACCCCCAGGAACUCGCCCGCGCAUCCUCCCUCAUCGCGCCCUUCGUCUCGGGCGUCGAUCUCAACUGCGGAUGUCCUCAGUCCUGGGCCUGCGCCGAAACUCUCGGCGCGGCGCUGAUGAACGAGAGGGAGCGGGUGCGCGACAUGGUCGUUGAGACGAGGCAGUAUCUGGAGAGGGACGGAUGGGGCGUCAAGAUGGAGGAGGACAUGCACAGCCCAAAGGGGCGCAGCGUGAGCGUUAAAAUACGAGUUCACGAUGAUUUGAGGAGAACAAUGGACUUUCUCGAUACAGUCAUUGGACACCCCCAAAACCGCCUUGUCGACUGGGUCACCAUCCAUCCUCGAACACGCCACACCCCCUCCACCACUCCCAUCCGCACCGAAGCCCUGGAGAUCCUCACAGAAAAGUACUCUCGCACACUCCCCAUCCUCCUCUCCGGCGACGUCUUCGAUCUCGCAACCCUCCCCAUCAGAUCCACCAUCCCCGACCUCGCAACCCUCACCGUCAAAGAAGACCCCCAGGACACUCCCGCCACAAAACAGCAACCGAAACCUAGCAACACAAAUCUCUCGGGCUUCAUGUCUGCCCGCGGCCUCCUCGCCAACCCAGCCCUCUUCGCCGGCCACUCCUCCUGCCCCUGGGAAACUCUCGAGACCUUCAUGUGCAACGUCGCGCGGUGUCCGCUGCCCCUGAAGCUGGUGGUACAUCACGUACAAGAGAUGUGUGCUCCUGGGAUGGGCGGCGACAAGUCUGCGCUGCUGAACAAGAAGGAGAGGGCGAAGCUGGUGGAAUUUACGAACAUGGCGGAUUUGAUAGACUUCUUGGAUGAGAAGAUUGAGGAAUACACGGGACAGAAAGGAGGAAUGAGAAGAGACUUAUAGAACACCAACACAAGGAGGGCCGUAUCACUUAUAAAUGGGAUCAAUGAAUGAAACAUGAAUAAAAUAAAAAAAAAAAAUAUUGUCCGU